GAGGACCUGAGCAGGCUGUAAACAGCCAGGGAUAAACAGGGACUUCUGCUCAAGCGGCUGUGGCCACUUCCUUCCUGCUGCCACCUGUUAACAGUCACACAUAGCAACUGGGGAUAGCAGGACAGUGGAGGGGUGAGAGCAGAAAGCUGAAGGAAGAUGGCUGUGUGGGUGUCACUAGAAGAAGGAGUGUGGGGAGCUCGUUUUUUUUUUUUGGGACUUGGUAUAGGGAAGUCAUUGCAAUUGUUCUGUCCCUGUGUGGGAUGGGUGCCGGUGUCUAGGAGACAUGAGCAUUGAGGAAGAUGCCACUAGAUGUCCUUUACCUAUCUUGGGCUUGAAUCUUGACCAACAAGAGCCACAGGAUUUUUUAAGGCGGCCACUCUAGCUGCACUGGACCUCCACAACUAUGGCCUCCUGCCCGGACUCAGAUAAUAGCUGGGUGCUUGCUGGCUCUGAGACUCUCCCUGUAGAGACUCUGGGCCCCGAGUCCAGGGUGGACCCAGAAUCAGAAGAAGCCCCCCAGGCCCUUCAGGACUCCUCCAAGGCAGAUGGCAAAGAAUCAGCUGGGACCUUGAAUGGAGAAGAGAUGCUUUUCCAGACGGAAAGUUCCCAGGGCGAAGGUGCUGCGCUGCCAGAAGAGUCUGAGGCCAAGGGUGCUCUGGGUGGUGAUGACGGUCAUGGGACGAAGCGCCCAGGAGACACAGCGGUCCAGGAAGAUUUGCAGGAGACUCCUAUGGUGACAAGCCUUGGACCAGACACACAGGACCUGGAGAGAAAUAUCCACCCACAGAACCUGCCCUCAAGUCCCAGAGCAGUUUGGAAAGAGCAUGGCUGCUCUAGCAGUGAUGAUGACACUGAUGUAGAUGUGGAGGGUCUUCGGAGACGGAGGGGCCGAGAGCCUAGCCCACCCCAGCCCACGGCAGCUGUGGAUGGAGAGGACCAGGCCAAGGGCGAGGGUAUAGGAGAGCUGGGCAUCUCUCUCAACAUGUGUUUCCUGGGGGCCCUGGUUCUUCUGGGCCUGGGGAUCCUCCUGUUCUCUGGCGCACUGCUGGAGCCCGAGACUGAGCCCGUGGAGGAAGCCGAAUUGCAGGUCUUUCCAGAGACUGAGCUGGUACAGACCGUGGGGAACAGGCAGGAUGAGGUAGAGCAGCUGCAGGCCUCAGUACCACCUGACAGUGUCCCCAGCCUGCAGAGCAUGGGGCUUCUGCUGGACAAGCUGGCCAAGGAGAACCAGGAUAUCCGGCUGUUGCAGGCUCAGCUGCAGGCUCAGAAAGAAGAGCUUCAGAGCCUGUUGCACCAGCCCAAAGGGCUGGAAGAGGAGAAUGCCCGGCUCCGGGAAGCCCUGCAGCAGGGCAAGACCUCCCACCAGGCCCUAGAGUCAGAACUGCAGCAGCUAAGGGCCCGACUCCAAGGGCUUGAGGCUAACUGUGUCCGGGGUGUGGAUGGGGUGUGUCUCAACUGGGGUGGAAGUCCACAGGGUGGCAAGGCCACUACAGAACAAGGCCACAAGGGGCAGGAACCAGACACCAGCUUAUUGGAGCAGCAUAAGCAGCUUGAGGCCGAGGCCAAGGCCCUAAGGCAGGAGCUGCAGAAACAGUGGCAGCUGUUGGGCUCUGUGCACCGCAACCUGCAGAGGGGCUUGCAGGAUGCCGGCCAAGGAGCCCCAGCUCACGCUGGCCUGGCUGAACUUGGUCACAUGCUGGCUCAGACACUGCAGGGCCUAGAGAGUCAGGGUAUUAACACUGGCAGAUCUUCCAAUGACUCCGAGGCCUGGCACCAGAAGAAGCCUCGCUUCCAGCAUCCCAGGGAGUGGAGUGGGAGGGAGAAGUGGCGUGGGGGGCAGAGGGAUCAGAAGGCUGAGCACUGGAAGCUGAAGAAGGAGGAAUCUGGCCAGGACAGGAAGAAGAGCUGGAGGGAUGAGGGCAGGGAAUUCACGGGGCACUGGAAGGAGAACAGGCCGAGGGCGGAAGAAUCGGGGAGCAGAAAGGACAGCAAGCGACAGGACCCCAAGGUACACCCUAGGAAAAGUGGGAACUCCCACUCUGGGGAAAGGCAGAAGCAUUCUUGGGGGAAAGACAACAGCCCUGACUCUGUGUCCUGGGAGGAGCUGCUAAGGCGCAAGUACCGGCCCCCUCAGGGCUGUUCAGGCGUGGCCGACUGUGCCCGGCAGGAGGGCCUGGCCCUCUUUGGUGUGGAGCUGGCCCCUGUGCGGCAGCAGGAGCUGGCCUCUGUGCUGAGGGAAUACUUGGCUCGGCUGCCCUGGGCCGGACAGCUAACCAAAGAGCUGCCCCUCUCACCUGCUUACUUUGGAGAAGAUGGCAUCUUCAGGCAUGACCGCCUUCGCUUCAGGGAUUUUGUGGAUGCCCUGGAGGACAGCCUGGAGGAGGUGGCACUGAAACAAACGGGUGACGAUGAUGAAGUGGAUGACUUUGAGGACUUCAUCUUCAGCCACUUCUUUGGAGACAAGGCACUGAAGAGGAGGUCAAAGAAGAAGGAGAAGCAGCCUUGGAACCACAGAGCUGUGGGGCCCAGGGAAGAGCACAGCCGCCAUCCCCACCACUACCACCAAGGCUGAGCCCUGCUCCUGCUGCAACCACCGGCCUUGGCAUGCACCCAGCUAAAGAUCCCUGGAAUUAUGUGACCCAUGCUCACACUGUCCAGUGGGUUCCUCCUGGCUCGUUAGUGCCCUUGGACGUCCUUCACAGAAGAGAGCAAAGCACUCGGCCCUGCACUGGUACCACUUUUGCUUAAAAAAGGCCGUAGUUGACACUACUGAACUGUUUAAACAAAUGUAUGCAAAUGAUAAAGGCCCUGGGUACUAAGCAUCCUGUAGGAGCCUGCUGGGGAGGACUCUUAUUCUGAAGCCAGAGAGCUGUCCUUUCUUGUGGCUAUCCUGGGUCCACAGCACAGCUUACCACCACCCUGCACUGGAGCUACUGGUUGGAGACUUAGCUCCGGACUUGCCUUGGGGGUUUUUGUUAGCUUUGGAGACAGCUGUCGCUAAGCCUGAGGAGCCCACACCAUGCCUCUUGUGGCUUUCACCUCCCCACCUGAACUGUACACCAUGAUAGGGCUCUGUCACUUGAGGUGGUCUCUAAGUGCAAGGGGACACCUUGCAGCCACCACUCCAGUGUUUGGGCACAAUCUAGACACUGCACUCAACCCUUUUGCCUUUCUGCCCUCAGCCUUCCCGUCUGUUCCCCAUGUUCUUUCCCAAGGAAUCUAGCCUUGAGUCCAGCCACCAAUUGUCUCACAAUACACAGUGUGGUAUUCUUAUCUUCUGAAAGAGGGCUGAAGGGCUGAGAAUGGAGUCAAUAAAGCAAGGAAGCAAACAUCCUGUUUCUGCCACACAAGAGUUGGUCCCUUUUUUGGAGCGUGAUGGGGAGGGCAGAGAACAGGCGCAGCCUGGUGCCUGGGUCUACAGAGGCGAGGGAGCCACUAGGUGGCGCUCUGGCCCCACCUUUUCCUAGACUUUGCCUCCCUCCUGUGACUGGUCACUACCCCACACCGAUGACCCCUACCCACUGACCAGCUCUUAAGAAUUCCCAGAACCCCCCUGGUUAUUUAGGAACCCCCCCUCCAUUCUAAUCUCUACACCACUGGUAGCACACUGACUGGGCUUCUAGACCUGGAAAUCUCCCAGGGUGUGGGGGUGGGGUCAGUGACUACUCAGGCCAGGUCAAUUAAGGAGGGGAUUAGGGACUGUAGGCGCUAGAAAGGUGCUGGGAUCGACUUCUGAAUUAUUUAGCAAUACUUCCGUGUCACUGUUCAGAGGCUUUUAGGUGCAAUGGCUUGUUUAAUUCCGGUGCUAGACAAGCCAGGUGGAAAUGGAACAAGGGUGGCUCAUUCCACAAAUGUCCACAAAUGUUUAAACAUCUAUUGUGUGGGAUGGGUGGAUGGUUCAGCCACUGAGCACAGGCUGCUCUUCAGAGGACCCAGGCUUGACUUCCUGCACCCUCGUGGACUGUCUGCAACUUCAGUCUCCAGGUUCCAAUGCCCUCUUCUGGCCUUCUGGGCAUUAGGCGAGCACAGUACACAUACAUCCAAAAAACCAAAAAAAAAAAAAAAAAGAAAAAAAAAAAACAAAAAAAAAAACCCUAAACAAACAAAAAAACCAAAAACACCCAUUACAUUUUUUUAAAAAAAAGUCUAUUGUGUAUCAGACAGAGCCAGUGAGGCCCUAGGACUGUAGAUCCUUUAAUAUGCACAGACUCUGCAGCCGGAGGAGCUCUGGUUAGACUUAAGGAACAUUACCUUACACAGGUUAGUGCUGUAGGCUGGGGGCUUCAGGAAGAAGCCUUCUGUUUUAGAAAGACAGUUGUGGUCUGGAGAAAUGGCCCAGCGGUUGAGAGCACUGACUGCUCUUCCAGAGGUCCUCAGUUCAAUUCCCAGAGACCACAUGGUGGCUCACAACCAUCUGUAAUGGGAUCUGAUGCCUUCUUGUGGUGUGUCUGAAGACAGCUACAGUGUACUCAUGUACAUAAAAUCAAUAAAUAAAUCUUUUAAAAAAAGACAAUUAAAAAAAAA